UUUGAAAUAUGCACAUAAUUUUACUACGUUUUCAUUUUUCAAUGAUGAAAAUACCACUUUAAAUAUUUUUCCAACAUGCAAACAAAAUUAAAAUAGAUUAGGAUUGAACAAGAGAAUCUCAAGCAAUAAGCAAAAUUAUAAAGUAAGCAAACAAAAAUCAAUGUUAAUGGCGAAACCCUGUGAGACAGAAUUAGGGAUUCCCGUACAUUCACAAAUCACUAGCAAGGAGAGGAGAUACCGGUGAAGUAAAAUCCGUCGUCGUUGAUUCAGGAAUCGGAAAUCAUCAUGCCAUUAAGCGUAUCUCCAAGUUGUGCAGUGAAGAACUGAUCAGGUUUUGAGAUUGAUCUAGCAGAUGUGUCUUGAUGAUUACUGAGUCACUGGGUUUAUGCUAUGAGAGACACCUGUGAAUUCAAAUGAAGCAAACCUUUGUUUGAUUCCUCGUCGCCCACAAGAUUUUGUAUUGUAGCUGCAGGCACAUUCUUGAGAUGGGGAGUUUAUCAACAAGGCAUAUAAAAGGUUAAACUAACCUCUCUAUGUUGGCCACGUGGGUACUAUUAUAUUCUCUUGCUUUCAAUCAUGCCUUUUUUGUCUGAUGGAUACUGUUUAUUGCUAGCUAUUUCUUGCUAUAAUUCUUUCUUGCUGUCAUUGCUUUUUCAGGUAUUUGUUCUGGUCUCUAUUUUCAGUAUUCCUCCCUUUUAAGUUAAUGUGUUAUGUAAGCUCAUUCUCUUUUCUUAAUGGUUUCCGUAAUCUAUGUCUGUUGUGUAUGUAGUCAUCUUUGUCCAUGAGUGUUGCCUUGUUAGGCGUGACAACUGCACUACAUCGAACAUGAUUUGCUUAGGUUCAUGUAGCACACUUCUUGCCGUUAGAGAUGUUAUAGCUACAAUACAUUCUAUUGUUGCUAAGCUUCUUGGCUCAUGGUGUAUAUAUCUUUAAUUUUGUGAUUUAUCCUUUUUGGUUUUUUGAUCGCAACCUAAUGGCUUUUGGCAACUGUUCUAUUUAGAUACUUGAUUGACAAAAAGAAUGCGUUUAAAUAAUUUUCAUUUCAGAAGGAUUUUGUGCAACAGAAUGGACGUUGAAAUUUUUUAGGAUUAUGUGCUGAAUUUUUUCUUCUUGGAUGUUUGAUUGACUCUUUUAACUGAAUUUUAGAUUUUAGUCAUAACUGAACCUAGACUUUAUCCAUAGUGGAAUUCAAAUCUAUUUCAUGAAAAAUCAAGUUGGCUAUAUGGCAACAUCUUUUCCAUGGGAUUUAGAGUUGGACCUCAUAGUAAGAUUUUAUCAUGUCCAAGAUGGAAUUCUCAUCAACAUCAAAGAAAAAGAAAGGUGGAAUAUGUUUUGUGGGAUGGAAAAGUAAGAAUAAAUGAUUACUAAGAUUCAGGUCACCAACCAAUAGCUUUUGCUUAUUUAGCUGGUCCUACAUCCAUUUGCAGAAAUCAUAGCAUAGAGGGCUCAAAGGUGGUGUCCUUUUACAAAAAAUGAAAUGAGACGGAGACUUCUUGGCUCGACACGGGUUCUUUGCCUGAGAUGCGCAACCAGAUAAUGACAACAUGCUAGUGAAAGGUAAGGUGUAAUCAUUGUGGAAGAUUUUUCAUUAGUUUUUAUAUGCAAUUUUAUUUUCUGAAAUUUUAUCUCCCUGAUCUUCUGUCUUAUUUUGGUGUUUUGUUUUGUAGUCCUAUAUGUGUAUGUUUUGAUGAGAUCACAUUUUUUCUAGUGAAAAACACUUAAGUGGAGAUGACCUUCUAAGAAUUAUAGAUGGUGUCUAUUAAAAUGUCAGUUUUAAUGUGUUAUGAAUAUUAUGAUUGGGAAUAUCUUUUGUAUAUUCCAAACCAUGAUUAUAUUUACAUUAAAAAUAUCCCAAACCAAGACGAAGAAUAUUAGUGUGUACUGUGUUGUGUGUAUUCUCUAUCAAGGAUUAUUGAUGAGCAUCAAUCUUUGUGAAAUAUAGGCUAUUUAUUUUAUUUCAGGUUUUGAACAAUUUUCUAAAGGUUUACGUUUAGUGAUAUCUUACACGUGCAAAAUAUUCUUAUCACCGGCCACCGCACCAUAAUGGUUUUUUGAGGUUACCACAACCGAAAUAUAAGCCCGCGUUAACAGUAGAACAAUCCACCUUGACCGCAAGACUGGUUUCUGGACUUCUCUAAGAUAACAGUGCAAUCUUCCACAUUGACCGCAACCGAAAUAUAAGCCACGAUUACAGUGGAACCAUUCACAUUCAAGAAUUUCAAUCUUGGAAUGCAUAAUAUCAACUUAUUUUCAUUUGCAUAAGCUGAUCAAUCAGGUUUUAUAGUAAUGUCUAAGGUUACUUAGGCCCCUUGUAUUUUAGCAUGGGAGAGAAUGUGUCUUGUUAUGUUUUAUGUUAUGGGAUUCAAUCCUUGGUGCUAUGGUAAUUAUUAUUAGGUUUUAAUUUGUUUGACCAACUUUUCUACUUAAACAGAGAAGGACAAAGCUGUAUGAAGUAUAAACUUUAUGAUCUUCCUAUUCCUCUGUGCUCCUCCAGUUGAGCUUCAACACUUGGUCAAUUUCUUGUUCUGAUCUUUUUCAUCAUUUUUUUAUGCUAUUUAAGUCAUUUAUUGAAUGAUUUCUGUUUCUUUUCUAAUUCUUAAUGUUGUGCAAUACUGAUUAUUUAAAAUGCUCCAUCUUUUUAAAGAUUCAUUACAUAAGCGUUUUUUCCCCUUGGCAUUCAAAUUCUUAUUGCUACUCCAGUCGUCCUCCUUUUAUUUAAAUACAAGGAAAUCUGGCAUUUUUUUUACAUUGAAUCAUGUCUGUAACUGUCGAGUCUUGAAUUUUCCAUGUAUUCAUGCUGUGAACUUGGAUAGUAAUUUAUGGUAACAUUUUAGAAUUUGACUCAAACGUGCCUUAGAGUUGUCUUUUGUUGAUACUUGAUAGAACAUAGGGGUGUUUGAUAUGAGAAAAGGAAUGUCUUUUGUGAAGGGUAUGGAAUGGUGAGAGAGAAGAUGGGGAGGAUGAGUUUGCUUGUUUAUUUCUUACCUCCCAUAUCAUUGUUGUAACAAAGUAAAGGAAUCACUUAUGGAAAAGUAAUGGAAACAUUACCCACACAAUCAAAACAAACAUCAGGUAAAAAUUUGCUUAUCUGAUUCCAUUUCCAAGUAUCCAACACCCUUCAAAAACAGCUACCAAACAGCCCCUUAAUGUAAACAUUUGGAGACUACGUGUAUAACUAUGAGAUGACCUUUAGAAAUGAUCAAAAGCUGUAAUACUGUUUCUAUUAGAAACAUCAAAAUGUUAAGCCAUCAUAUGCAUGUAUUUGGGUCAUAUUCUAUGAUAGUAACACUUCACAUCAGUUGGAGUUCGAUUUGCAUUUCUCGAUUCUCAAAAAGAAGUAGAUAAGAAUUUAAUAUGUAAUCAUGUCCUUUUCUAUUUCUGAGUGAAUGUGCCUUUAGUGUCUUCAUGAUAAGAGCUUAAUUGUACUGCCUGAUGGUGAUUGAUGCCAUCCCUUCCCUUGCAUAGUGUUCUUCUGCUGAAUAUGAUGGGCUAUGUUUUAUUAUUAGCUCAAUGCAGCAUCAUAUAAAUUGCAAAGCAAAAGGCUUCCUCCUUUGACUUAUAAAUUAUAUGAUAAUCAAUUCUUUUGUUUCUCAAUAAUUAUCAUCCUGUUUACUUAUGUUUGAAAUUGGUAAAUAUAACAGUCCAUAGUCUCUCUAUGCUUUAAAAUACUGAAGCAUUGAAUGGUAAUUGUAUAUGGUUCUUUUCAAUUUCGUGUAACCUUUGUAAAUGUCACUUCAGAAUAAGACUCUAGUUUAGCCCCAUAGCAUCGUGUGUUUCAUGGUUUUCUAAUAUUAUUCAUUUAUUUGUCUGAUUAUCUUAAAUAUUCAGUUUAGAGUUUUAUCUUAAGUCAACAUCACCUUUCUCAUUUGUAACACAGAAAUGAAAAUACCCACUCGUGUCUUCUACAUAGAGCGGUCUCAAACGCAUGAGGCAUGUACACAUUCACUCAGCCCCCAGUUAGAGUUGUUCAAGAUUAACCCGACCUGAAAAUUCGAACUAGAACCAAAAGACUCCUAACUCGAAAAUUUGGUGGUUUUCUAAUCGACUUGACUUGAUCCAACCGGAUUAUGUUUCUGAACCGAUAAUGCCUGAAAAAGACUAAUCGAACCCAAGCCGAGCUCAAUAUCGGAAAAGAUGUGCAACUGCAAGCUGAAUCUGAAUUGUUCCAGAAACCGAUUGAGACUUGAGGAAAGACCAUUUUAAAAUAUUAACCAAAAUCGAUGUGGACUCAAACAGAUUCCAACCCGAAUCGAGAAGUAAUUUAUUAUGUAGCCCUAAACCCAACCCAUAGUGAUUUUAUUUUACAUGUUUUGAAAUAAAGUAAUGCAACCCUAAGACAACAAUUGUUCCUCCUAGUGAGAAAGAUCUGCCCUAACAUUCGUACCCAUCUUUCACAUCUUGCUUUUAAUUUCCCCUUUUCAUCUCACUUGUACUUGAAUGUAAGCUAUUCAUGUAUAGGUGUAAGGAGAUUAUUGAAGUGCAAAAGAAGAUUCCAUUUUCAAGGUUAUUGUAAAAUGGUUUCAAAAGAAUCUGCUAGGUUGUUCAUAAGGAUAAGAUUUUUGACUGACAAGUGACGUCACUAUUAUUCGCAGUCAACAUCGAAAGCAAAAUCUUAUUUCUGAACUGCAUGGUGAGCUACCUUUAACUAUAUAAAUAGCACUUCGAGACAUUUACACAAUCAUUCUCUUAUAACUAUUGAUUUAUCAGGCAUGUCUGUUAAUACUUGUGUUCAACUGUUUAGAUCAAGAAUGGAUACUCCUUCGUUGCACGACCAAAUUGUGCAACUAAGGAAAUCUUUUUUUGACCAGGGAUAUCUCGAUGAACAAUUUAUUCAACUAGAAGAAUUACAGGACGACGCCAGUCCUGAUUUUGUUGAGGAGGUAGUAACCUCUUAUUACUCUGAUUCUGCAAGACUAAUCCAAAAUAUUGACCAAGCAUUGGCAAAACACCCUAUUGACUUCGAGAAGCUUGACAACUACAUGCACCAGUUCAAAGGAAGUAGCUCGAGCAUUGGAGCGAAGAAAGUUGUGCAUGAAUGCUUACAGUUCAGGAAAUAUUGUGCAGCAGGAAAUGCAGAAGGAUGUGUCAAGACUUUUCAGAUGAUAAAACAAGAACAUGCAAUACUGAGAAAAAAACUCAAAGCGUAUUUUCAGUUAUUGACUUCAGCUGGAAGAACUUAAAGCCAUCUUACACUCGUGCGAAAUAGCUCUAGUACUAUUGUGCUAUAUAAUCAGUAACAACUAUGUGUUGCUAAUUUAGUUGUAAAGAUUGUAUUGAAACGAUAUGUUCGUUGUCUCUAGCGACUAGUCUAAUCAACUACUUCUAUACUUAAUACAAUCAGGAUAACAUCGAAUUUGUUACAGAUAAUAUGAGUGCUAGACAUUCCGUGCAAUUGCGUAUUACUCAUACCUCUGCUAGAAGAUUUUUUUUUUUUUUUGCACGUCUGAUUGUGUGCGGAACUGAUCAUGUGACAUAUACAAAAGCGGGCAAAUGCUUAUAUUGCUUGAGUGUGCAUGAUACCUGGCACACGCUAGAGCAUGGAAGGCAUUGGCGUACAAAAGCUAACUCUAGUCGGGAUUGUUGAUUUGUUGUUCACUGACAAUCGGAUUUAAUAUGAUCAAUGAGAGAUCUUGAGUAAUUUUUAUAGAUUAAUUAAUUUAAUAUAAAACCGAAUAACUAAAAAAUUUAUUAACACCGAUUAAAAAUGUUUUAACACUAAAAACUAUUUUAUGUUAGCAUUCUGCAGGCUUGAUUUUGGCCGACUAUAAAUAAUUUGAUCACUUAACAAAAGUAUAAUCCAUGAAAGAGAAAUAUGACAAUCCUAAACACUUUUCCAUUGAAAAUCUUUAAUGGUAUGUAAAAUUCAUGUGGCUU